CUCAUCAUUCGUCUAUCUGCCCGGAAUAGUCGAUGCCCUAAUUUCCCGUUUUCAGAAUACUACAGUACGGUGAAAGAAAGCAUUGCCCCAGACGCCGUUGUUGUCCCAAAUAUUCAAGUAGAGGACGCUAAAAACUUUGAAAAGCUUUCCUACAAAAUCACCGAAGACAAUUCUCAAGGAAACUUCUAUGUUGACUAUAGAAACCCAAGAAGGGUUUCGGUUAGGGCUAGAAAAGCACUAGACAGAGAUACGAUGCCAUCCAUCCUGCAAGGAAUGUACACUCUUACGGUUACUGCCAGAAACGAAAGAUGUGCUAGUUCUGUUAAUGUCAAGAUUAUGGUGGAGGAUGAAAAUGAUAACGCACCAGUUUUUCCGAAACAGGAAUACGUUGUGGAAGUCAAGGAAAACACUCUCAAGGGUCACGUGGUUACGCAGCUCGUGGCUUCUGACAAAGAUGAACUAGAUCAAGGAAGGAUGCGCUACUUCAUUGCCGGAGGUACCCCUAACAGAGAGUUCCAGAUCGAAGAAAACACGGGGGAUCUCUCAGUUGAGGUGCCUCCAGACCGUGAAGAAAAUCCAUCUUUUAUGCUGAGCAUCCUUGCAGUUGAUAGUGCUAACAAUACG